AUGGCUGCAGAGUGCCCGCUCCCAGCUGACAUUUACACAGAAGUGCUUGAAAGCCACCUGCUGCUAGCGUGUCUGGCCUCGCUGCUUAAAUCACAAGAUGGCUCUAUUCUGCCACCCAGCUCCAGUAUGCUUUGUCGUAAUGAUAUUUUGCGGGAGGCGAAACAGCUUUUGGCAGCGGACAGCUACACCGACUUUCUGUGUUACUCAGCGGAACUGAGCGAGGCUCUGCCCUCCUUCCCAAAUGCCAUCCUGCCAGAAGCGGUCCCCCUCUCCGGUGAGGGUCACGGCACGGCCGAGUCUCUGGCCUCUUGCAUCCUGGAAACAGGCAAUGCCUCGAUCUGGGAAGCUGUACGCCGGGUCAUAGGACAGCUGCGCUUUGAAAAACCCAGGCACAGAUCCAUGGCAAACCAGCAGGGCGCGCUCAGCUUUACUGUCGGUAUAUAUGCACGGCAUCAGCUGGUGGGACUGAGCAAGGCAACGCUCGUACACUCCAAUGUUUGCAAGCUUCUCUGCUCGUAUGUCGCCCACCUGUGCUCAGGCUUUUGCUGGACAACGCUUGUCGUGCACCGCAAUUACGCCACGCCUGUACACCGCGACCCAGCCAACGGCCCUUUCUCCAAUCUUCUGACCAUGGUUAGCACCACGGAUUGUGGUGGGCUCUGGCUGCAAGAUCCGACGGGCAGUGACUUUCAGGAGGUCCCGGAUGGCAUGUGUGGAGGCAGAUUUAUCCAGCUACUAGAUCAGUAUCUCAUUUUCCCUGCGCAUACUCAUUGGCAUGCCACGCAAACCUGGGGACACUAUGAUCGUUACACGCUGGUUGCCUACAAAGUGAGAAACUGGACACAUUUGCCUGCGGCUAUGCAAAGCACCCUACAGUCCCUGGGAUUUCAGCUGCCAGAAGACCCGCGAGCCAUCACCCCAUUGCACACUGGACUGCGCGCUUUUCCAACCAUUCUGCUUGAUCCGGUCGCCUAA